UGACGUAUCGGCAAUGGGCUGCCUUAGUCUGAGAAUAGCUCUCGCUCCCUGCUGGGUUGUUGUGUAGCUGUAAUAAAAGAUAAACAAGGCCCGGAAAGGGCUCUCUAAAUGACACAUUUGCCUUUUAUGCACUAUUUUGAUAUCAUAGCUGAACGCGUAUAGACCAAGUGCAUCUCGAGGUCUGAAUUGUGGGGCUUUUUCGCCGGUCCGAGGUCUUGUAGCAAAACAAACUGCACACACACACACACAGAAGUCUUCCUCGGACAAGCGAGUGUGAGCUUUUUUGCUCCAAUUAUGGGUGCUUUUGGAAAUUCCAUCUAACGCCCUAAGUUUGCUCUGAGAGUGCGAGUGUUGCCUUUCAUUCAGCAACGCUUUUGAGUUUUCGAACGGUCCGUAGCGUAGAAGCACGCACUCUGGAUUUUGCCCCGCCGGAAAAUGGACACGGAUAAGUUUAACUACGUUUACAGCUGCGACUUGGACAUCAAUGUUCAACUCAAGAUAGGCAGUUUGGAAGGCAAGCGAGAGCAAAAGAGCUACAAAGCCCUGCUGGCGGACCCCAUGCUGCGCUUCUCUGGCCUCUACCAGGACCACUGUUCAGACCUCUACGUCACCUGCCAAGUGUUCGCCGAAGGCAAGCCUCUGGCCUUGCCGGUUCGCACCUCCUACAAGGCCUUCAGCACGCGCUGGAAUUGGAACGAGUGGCUGCGACUGCCGGUCAAGUACCCAGACCUUCCCCAAAGCGCCCAGGUGGCCCUCACCGUGUGGGACAUCUACGGGCCUGGUCGAGCUGUCCCUGUCGGGGGAACAACGGUCACCCUGUUUGGCAAAUAUGGGAUGUUCAGACAAGGAAUGCAUGACCUGAAGGUUUGGCCCGGCGUGGAGGGCGACGGCGCAGAGGCCACCGCCACGCCCGGACGCACCAGCAACAGUCUCACUGAGGACCAGAUGGGCAGACUUGCCAAGUUGACCAAGGCCCAUCGGCAGGGCCACAUGGUCAAGGUGGACUGGCUGGACCGCUUGACCUUCAGGGAGAUCGAGAUGAUCAACGAGAGCGAGAAGCGUAGCUCCAAUUUCAUGUACCUCAUGGUGGAGUUUCCCAGAGUGAAAACAAAUGACAAAGAAUACAGCAUUGUCUACUAUGAAAAGGAUGGAGAUGACGCAGCGCCCACGCUCUCCAGCUGUGAAAUCGUCAAAGUUCCUGACCCACAGAUGGGGAUGGAGAACCUGGUGGAGAGCAAGCAUCACAAAUUGGCCCGUAGCCUCCGCAGCGGGCCGUCCGACCACGACCUGAAGCCCAACGCUGCCACGCGGGACCAGCUCAAUAUCAUCGUCAGCUACCCUCCGACGAAGCAGCUGAGCUCGGAAGAGCAGGACCUGGUGUGGAAGUUCCGAUACUACCUCACCACUCAGGAAAAGGCGCUGACAAAGUUCCUGAAGUGCGUCAACUGGGAUCUGCCCCAGGAGGCCAAGCAGGCCCUGGAACUGCUGGGCAAAUGGCGGCCCAUGGAUGUGGAGGACUCCUUGGAGCUGCUCUCUUCGCAGUUUGCCAACCCGACGGUGCGACGCUAUGCUGUCGCGCGGCUGCAGCAGGCGGAUGACGAGGACCUGCUCAUGUAUCUUCUCCAACUGGUCCAAGCACUCAAGUAUGAGAACUUUGGUGAUAUCCAAGGAGGCCUGGAGCCAGGCAGCAAGAGAGAAGGCCAGGGACUUUCAGAUGACUCCACACUCGACAGCUCCCAGAUCUUGACGGCCACAUCUGCAUGCCUCACCACUACGCAGAAAGGCAAAGAAGGAGCAGAUGGUGAGAAUCUUGAGCAAGACCUGUGCACGUUUCUCAUCUCGCGUGCUUGCAAGAACUCCACACUGGCCAACUACUUGUACUGGUAUGUUAUCGUGGAGUGCGAGGACCAGGACACACAGCAGAGGGACCCCAAGACCCACGAAAUGUACCUAAACGUCAUGAGGAGGUUCAGCCAGGCUUUGCUCAAGGGCGAUAAGAGUGUGAGGGUGAUGCGCUCGCUGCUAGCCACCCAGCAGACCUUCGUUGACCGGCUCGUGCAGUUGAUGAAGGCGGUGCAGAGGGAGAGCGGCAAUCGCAAGAAGAAGACUGAGCGGCUGCAGGCGCUUCUGGCCGACAAUGAAAAUGUAUACCUCUCGGAAAUCGAGCCCAUCCCACUCCCGCUGGAGCCUCAGAUCCGGAUCCGAGGCAUCGUCCCCGAAACGGCGACUCUCUUCAAGAGCGCGCUAAUGCCCGCCAAGCUGAUUUUCAAAACGGAGGCUGCCACCACCUAUCCGGUCAUCUUCAAGCACGGCGAUGACCUGAGACAGGAUCAGCUCAUCCUCCAGAUCAUCUCGCUCAUGGAUAAAUUACUAAGGAAGGAGAACCUGGACCUGAAGUUGACACCCUACAAAGUGUUAGCCACCAGCACCAAACAUGGUUUCAUGCAGUUUGUGCAGUCGGUUCCGGUUGCCGAAGUGCUGGCAACUGAAGGCAACAUUCAGAGCUUCUUCAGGAAGCAUGCGCCGAGCGAAAAGGGGCCGUACGGCAUCAGCUCGGAGGUGAUGGACACCUACGUGAAGAGCUGCGCCGGUUAUUGCGUCAUCACGUACAUCCUGGGCGUAGGAGACCGACAUCUGGACAAUCUGCUCCUGACCAAGACAGGGAAACUCUUCCAUAUCGACUUUGGCUACAUCCUGGGCCGCGAUCCCAAGCCGCUUCCGCCGCCUAUGAAGCUGAGCAAAGAGAUGGUGGAGGGGAUGGGGGGCAUGCAGAGCGAGCAGUACCAGGAGUUCCGGAAGCAGUGCUACACUGCCUUCCUGCACCUGCGCAGGUACUCCAACCUGAUCCUCAAUCUCUUCUCCCUCAUGGUGGACGCCAAUAUUCCCGACAUCGCCUUGGAGCCCGACAAGACGGUCAAGAAAGUGCAAGACAAGUUCCGGCUGGACCUGUCCGACGAGGAAGCGGUGCAUUACAUGCAGAGUCUGAUCGACGAGAGCGUGGGCGCCCUGUUCGCCGCCGUGGUUGAACAAAUUCACAAGUUUGCUCAAUACUGGCGUAGGUGAGCUGUGGCAUGAGGCCAAACCUGGUGGACCUGCAGAGAAGGAAGCUACUGCAACAACUGACUGAUGAGGACAGGCAUUUUUUUUUUUAAUCUUGUAAAUAUCAUGUAGUGUACUAAUGAAUGAAUUAGAUGUAUAACCCAACACAUCUUUUCAGCCUGUCAUCAUGCUAUUGUUUUUUAUUUAUUGCGUGUCAGUCAGGUCAGCAUUGCAAAUGAGAUUCUGUUCUCAAUUGCCUUAUCUUGAUAAAUAAAGGUGAAAUGAAAAAAAUAAUAAUAAUCUGGAUGGUUCCAGAUGCUUGUGUCAACAUA